AUGGAAUAUCGCAAGAAAGUAUUGGAGUAUGCGGAACAGCAUGAGAAAGCCGCUGACAUCAUGAAAACAAAACGAUAUUAUGUGCCUGACGCAAAAGUCAAGUCCAUUCCUACAGAAUAUGUUGAGGAAGCGGAAGAAGUUCGUCAUGGAGAAGCAUUUCCGCCUGCGCUGGUAAAUGUCUCGCGGUUGACGGCAACGCCAAGUGGGGAACAUGAGCAACUUUUGGCGAGUAUGCUGCAUUAUGGUGCGAAGGACGCGAAAUCUAAACAAGAAGAGUUCGAGUUGCUACUCGACGACAAGAUCGACUUUAUUCAAGCUCUGCAAAUGCCUGGUACUUUGGAUGAGAAGGAGGAGGAGAUAACCGCUGCCCAGAAGAGAAAGAUGACGAUAGAGGAAACGCGGAAGUCGCUGCCAGUGUAUGCAUUCCGUGAUCAGUUUAUUGAAGCUGUCAAGGAACACCAGGUUCUGAUCAUAGAAGGAGAGACUGGUUCAGGCAAGACUACACAGUUACCGCAGUACCUCUACGAGGCUGGUUUCUGCAAAGAUGGAAAGAAAAUCGGUUGCACACAGCCACGUCGUGUUGCUGCAAUGUCCGUAGCAGCAAGAGUGGCUGAGGAAGUCGGCUGUAAACUGGGCAUGCAGGUUGGUUACAGUAUUCGAUUUGAAGACUGUACUUCAGAGAAAACCGUUUUGAAAUAUAUGACGGAUGGAAUGUUGUUACGUGAAUUUUUGAACGAACCGGAUCUCGCUAGUUACAGUGUUAUGAUGAUUGAUGAAGCCCACGAAAGGACUUUGCACACAGACAUCCUUUUUGGUCUUGUUAAGGAUAUAGCACGGUUCAGAAAGGAUCUGAAACUCUUGAUCUCUUCGGCUACCCUUGAUGCGGAAAAGUUUUCAACGUUUCCCGUUGACAUCUACUAUACACAAGCUCCAGAAGCCGACUACAUGGAUGCUGUUAUGGUUACGGUCAUGCAAAUCCAUCUCACUCAACCUUUGCCUGGCGACAUUCUUGUGUUUUUGACAGGUCAGGAGGAAAUCGAAUCCGUACAGGAAGCCCUCAUGGAGAAAACUAAAGCCUUAGGAAGCAAAAUUAAAGAGUUGAUACCGCUGCCCAUCUACGCCAAUCUGCCAUCGGAUCUACAAGCGAAAAUUUUUGAACCGACACCGCCUAACGCUAGAAAGGUCAUCCUUGCCACAAAUAUCGCAGAAACUUCUGUCACAAUUGAUGGUAUAUGUUACGUCAUCGAUCCAGGAUUUUCCAAACAAAAUUCGUUUGAUGCGAGAAGUGGAGUCGAACACUUGCAUGUAGUCACGAUCUCAAAGGUUUGGUCUUCCCGUAUAGGAUUUUCUUGCCGCAAAACUUUUCUCAGUUAUUUGUCUCAGGCUUCAGCUAACCAGAGAGCUGGACGAGCAGGACGAACAGGGCCAGGAAAAUGUUUUCGUCUUUACACAGCAUGGGCUUACAAACAUGAACUAGAGGAUCAGCCCAUUCCUGAAAUCCAGCGAACAAAUCUGGGUAACGUAGUGUUGAUGCUCAAAUCUCUUGGAAUUCACGAUCUCGUUCACUUCGAUUUUCUCGAUCCGCCACCUCAAGAAACGCUGGUAAUUGCACUGGAACAACUGUACGCACUUGGAGCUCUCAAUCACCGAGGAGAAUUAACGAAACUAGGACGGCGUAUGGCUGAGUUCCCGUGUGAUCCAUGCAUGAGUAAAAUGAUAAUCGCCAGUGAAAAGUAA